UGGUGAGGCAAAAGCACUAAUAAAACAUGGCAAAAAAUGCAGGAUAUGCAUUCCAAGGUUUGGGAAUAUUACAAGAUACAGAGAUUUGUUAAAGUAAGAUCAUAUACAGGAAGACGCAGGAGAGAAGAUGUUACACUCUCUUGGCUUAGAUAUGGACUCACAGGAUUAAAUGCAACACUUUAUAUCAUAAGAGAGCAUCUGAUAAAUGUGAGAUAUGUAAAUGUACAGAAAACGUAGAACAUGUGCUCUUAGAAUGCAAGAAAUACGAUGCUGAAAGAGACUUUGUGGAAGGAUGGGUGAAAUUGGCAGAGAAUGGAGCAUCAAAGGAUUGUUGGAGAUUGGGGAUAAACAGUGGGAGUUAAACAGGGCAUUAUUUAAACAAUGAAAAUAGAGGGUUAAUAUAUAUAAUGUAAAUCAAUGUAAUCAGCAUGGUACUACACACUUUGUUACAGUAGGUGGCAAUAUGUGCCUUUACACAAGUUUACAACCUGCCAUUAAGCCAAAGACAAGCAACUCACAAAAACUUUAACACUCUUCCAAAAUGUCAACAUGCAGCCUUUCAGCACGCAACCAUAACUAACACGUGAAAUCUUCUACACCCAACCCAAUUUUCACCGCGUGAAAGGUUUCGUUAAGGGUUUGUCUUCAGCCAGGCUAUCAGAGCUAGCCAGCUGAGCCACAGCGGAGAAGAGACGUCUCUUCCUGCUUCUGUUGUGAUUUACUAGAGAGACCGUUUCAAACUCACAAUGGCAAUUAAGGACAUUUCGCAUAUGUUCUUUUUCUUCCAACAUUACAUUUUCAGAUCUUUCAGUAACAGUCCCUGCUGGACAUGACAAUUGCAAGUUUUGGAGUCCUUGUUGGGCUUCUGUUGGCCCAGCUGGCAGUAUUCUGUGUGGGUUUGUCUGUGAGUGUUGGUGAUUCCCUCACUCUCCCCUGCCAUGGAGACCCCAGCAGGGAUGUGGAGUGGCGGUUUCAGCAGUAUGAGUAUCCUGAGUGGCUGCUCGUGGCCGAACUCCACACCGGAUCCUUUUCCCCAGGAAGCGGCUUCCAGGGACGGGUGGAAUCCUUCUACCUAACAGAGCCGGGAAACUACAGCCUCACCCUCAGUCCUGUGGUGUACAGUGACCUCGGCUUUUAUGAAUGCCAGUACAUGGAUGGGAUCAUACUUUCAGAUGUGAAACUGGAAAUUAGAGUCCCAUUAAAUGUUCCCGUAGCGAUGGGAAAUUCUGCCAGUCUUCCUUGCUUUGGGAACAUUAAUAUACAAGCGCGUGCUGAUGAUCUGGAUGUCCUCUGGAAGAGAGGUGGAGAGAAAGUUUACGAGUUCCAUAAGUACACCACCGCAUAUGGGCCCAGGUUUGAGAACAGAGCUUCAGUUUCCCCUGAACUAGCCCUCUAUGGAAACCUGUCUUUAACCAUCAGACAGACACGGUUUUCAGAUGAAGACGACUACCAGUGCUUCUACAGCAGUCCAAAAGAGAGUGGGAACCCAGAUUCUGUCAGGCUCAUUGUUACAGGCCACCCACCCCAGAACCUCACAGUGAAGGCCGGUGGUUUGCUCUCCAUACCGCUCUAUACCGCAGACCCAGUGAGGGUAACAUUCAGUGCAGGCCUUGGUUCAGAUGAGGUGCUGAUGCUCGAUGCAAAUAAAGGCCCAGCCCGGUAUGGGGAGCGUUGUGCUCAGAGAUGUGAGCUUCUGGCCCAGAACUACACCCUUUUGCUGAGGAGUGUGACACUGGAGGAUGCCGGAGUCUACAAGGUGACCGAUCCUGAGACCAACAGGACCAUCGGCUCUGUCUCUGUACACGUCUCAGCCCCUCCUCCCUCUGCGGGACUCUCUGCUGGAGCAGUGGCUGGGAUAGUGCUGGGAGUGGUGCUGCUGGUGUUGGGGGCCCUUGCUUUCUGGAGGUGCCUCCAAAGGUGAAUGCCGAGGAGAGCCUGGUUACCAACCAGCCAGUUCUGAAGUUCUGACUCCAGCAGCAGAGCAGCAGGCAUUCUGAAUCCUGGCAGCCCUGAACCCCCUCCCUCUGUGUCCGAGACCCAGCCUGCUCUCCCCGAACCCCAUCUCCCCGUGUCCAAUUCAGAUCCUUCUCCCUCUGAACCCCAUCUCCCCGUGUCUGAAUCAGAUCCUUCUCCCACUGAACCCCAUCUCCCCGUGUCCGAAUCGGGUCAUUCUCCCACCGAACCCCAUCUCCCCGUGUCCGAAUCGGGUCAUUCUACCACCAAACCUUAUCUCCUCAAGCCCGAAACGGAGCGCUCUGACCUGAUUGAAAUGCAGGGGAAAAUGUCGUAGAGUGUGGAACCGCUAUGACAAUGUGCUGUACCUGCAGGGGAAUCUGCUGGUAUGAAUUUAAUUGGAUCUGACAUGAAAAGGGAGAGGGACAGAGGGGAAAGGACAGACUUUUGACACC